AUGACUGACACUGAUCGCAGAGCCAAAUUCUCCUACCUUCUCCAGACCCCCCUCACAAUGCGCCUCCUCCACCAAGCCCUCACGGUGUUCCUCGCCGCCCUCCUCCUCGAUACCGCCGCCGCCGCCGACUGUCGCCCUGGCGCCACCCGCCCCGACCGCUUCGACUGCCACGCCUACCACCGAUGCGACGCGGGAGAGUUUGUACGGCUGCACUGCGCCCCGGGCCAGGCGUACAGCGUGUACACCGGCACCUGUGAGCCGGAGUGGCGGUCGCCGGGGUGUCAUCAGGGGGUGACCCAGGAGAUUCACUGA